AUGGCUGACGCUGGGAAAGUACUAGAGGAUAUCGACGGUUUUGACAAACAAAAAUUACGACAUGUUGAGACUGAAGAAAAAGUCGUAUUGCCAAACAAAGAAGUUAUUGAGAAGGAGAAAACUGAGAAGCAGCUGCUACAAGAGAUCGAAACACCACAUUCUUUGAAGCGUACCUCAACAAAGGAAAAGAACCCUCUUCCUACCAAGGAAGACAUUGCUGCGGAAAAAGCUAUCCAUUGA